CUAAGAACUUUCUGUUUUGAUAUCAAGUAUUUCCACCGUUUGUUAACACAGUGUGUCUUUAUCAUUAUAGCUCCUAUUUCCCACAGGUUUUUACAAAAAACUGAGAGUGUCUCUCCUCCAGUAUGCUUUGACAUCAUUGGUGGAGCCGUCACCAUCAAACUUCUUCGUCAUCCUACCAGGGAGCUGUAUGUGGAUGGUGAGCUGGAUUCGGUGACCAACGGUGGCUUCAAAUAUAUCAGCAUCCAUGCCAAAACUGACCUGCAUGUUGUGGUGAACACGGAGGGAGUAAAUGUCCGACAGGGACAGUCAUUGACAAGUCACACUGGACAGGAUCACGUCACAGCUGGAAGUGUGACGGUUAUCAGGCGGGACACUGAAAUAGAUAUUUCAGCAGAAGACGUGCGCAUGAUUAUCCAUAUUCAUGAGAAAGAUGGUAAAAAACUCCUUUGGCCAGUGUUGACACAGAGGACAUCUGCCAACAACACUGAAGGAGUCUUAGCCUUGAAUCCAGCUGUUUAUGAUGAAGUCCAUGAUCAGCAUUCUACUAAACUGAGGAUCGAUGGCCACGAGAUUUCUGCUACAAAUUCCACUGCUGUUGACUACAGUAUUGCCUCUCCUUUGGAAAUGCGCUGCUGGCUCGUUUCAGCUGAUGUCAUCCUGCCGAGCCCCCUGAUUGAGUUCCCUCAUCCACUACUCCAACGGGGAAAAUUUUGAAUCAUUUAAUAGUAUGCCGAUUAAAAGAAAAAAAAAGACGAAUACCACAACCUGUUACUAACAAAAAAGAUUUCCCUGAUUUUUUACGUAAACUAAAUUAAUCAAUUAAAGAUCACUAAUACAAUGUAAUACUGCCAAGAAAUAAAGAAAAUUCUGAAUUUGUGGAGGCAUUGUUUCCUGGAGAGAACAACACUGUAUGAUAUCCAAUUACCUAAUAAAAUGAUCUCAAUCUACAUAUUGACAGGAAUAUAUAUUCAUUUCCUCCUUGUUGUCAGAUACUUUGUACAAUAAAAAGAUUAAAAUGAUGCAUUAAA